AUGAUAACUCUCCUUCCUGACAACUUCGUCCUCGAAAAGGUCACACGCAAUGACCUGGUCAUUGCAUCUGUCGCGUGGGGUUUUACUCUGGGUAUCGGCUGGCUUACGACAUGGACGGCCAUCAAGCAAACAGCGAGUGCCUACCGUCGACGUGGACUGGCCAUGUUCCGCAAUGCAUACGUUUGGAUGAUUUGGCUAGAGAUUGCUGUUUGCCUUGGCUUUGGUAUCAUCUGCUUCAUGUUCCUUUUAGGGGCAAUACCACCUAGCUUUGCGUUCUACUUUUGUAUCCUUACCCUCUGGGCGCUUCAGGUCCAAUUUCUCCUCCAGAUUAUUGUGAACCGAUGCGCAAUUCUUGUUCACGACCGAAAGUUCGUUUGGCGAGUCAAAUACGGCGUGGCAUUCCUGAUUACGACAAUCAACAUUUCAGUCUACUGUAUCUGGAUCCCUGCACGGUUACAAAUUUCGGACACAUACAUACAUGUCAAUGAGAUAUGGGAUCGAUGUGAGAAAGUCAUCUACCUCCUCGUCGACGCUGCCCUCAACGUGCUUUUCAUCCGCAUCGUUAAGAAAAAUUUGAUUGAGCUCGGCCUAAGCAAGUACGACAAUCUCGUCAAGUUCAACAUGUUCAUCAUUGGUUUCUCCUUGAGCAUGGACGUUCUUAUCGUUGCUAUGAUGAGCCUGGACAACACCUUCGUGUACAUGCAGUUCCACCCACUCGCCUAUAUUGUCAAGCUUAAUAUUGAGAUGUCCAUGGCCAAUCUCAUCGGUAAGGUUGCUCGGACAUCGGGCCACGGGGACGGGUCAGACUAUCCUAGGUCCCGAUCGCGGGGAACCCGAGGUGGUGACACGACAUUGCAUGCUGGAACUCAAGAUGACGAAAAUGGCAGACAGAAGGCCUGGGCAACUGUGACUACCACAGUGGAGAUGCACACCAUGGAAGCGGCGCCUCCAGAUCCCAAAACGCAGCUCGGGUUUAAUCAUAACGACACCGACACUCUGCUUAAUCAAGGAGCACCUUACUCUGUCCAGAUCGAGGGCGCCUAUUCUACCUCUGCGGACGCGUCUAUACGGAAUGGAGAUGGGUCGUUGAGCAGUCGUGACUCAAAUGGUAUAGAAGCUAUCCGGUGA